AUGCUCCGUCAAACUAUCAUUCGUCCUGCUGCCACGGCAAACCGGGUACUGCUGACCCGUUCCUUCUCUGUUGCUGUGCCUCGACUGGGUGAAGGCGACACUGGCGCCCCUCGCGCUGGUGGCGUUGCUGCUGGUGAUAGCUUCACCAAGCGAGAGGCAGCCCAGGAAGCUAUGUACAUCCGUGAGAAGGAGAUUGAGAAGCUGCAAGCCCUGAAGAAGAAGAUCACUGAUCAGCGUGCCCACCUCGAUGAGCUUGAGGGUCACAUUGACAAGUUGACCCAAGAGCAGAACGGCAAGAAAUAG